UCAUCCACUUUUCUUUGCUGCUCGUGGCGAACGGAAGCAAAUUGGUGCUGGUCCCGCCGUGCAUAGUUGACCAGUUGGUGAAAAGUUCUAAGUGCGCAUAAUUUUAAACCACGCAUAGAUUCAUAUUACAUAACCUAGAUCGGGAACUGAGUGCGAAAAAGUGUACGGCAAAGAAAUAGUGUGAAAAUGGAUGUGGUAGUUAAGCAGGAAUUGAAUGGCUCCCCGUUGCCACAGCGUCCUCAGCAGCAGCAACAGCAGCAUGGUGGUGGCGGUGGCGGCGGCGGCGGCACUCCGGGACCGAUGCAUGGUAACAACCAGUCCGGUGGUCCCGAUGGACCAGGAGGUCCAGGCAACAAGAACAUGAAUCGGAACAAUCGCAACAAUAGCAAAAAUCGUCUUAGCAUGCCGAUGCGCAAUCGUGGGCCUGGUGGUGUUGGCGGUGUUGGUGGCGGCGGUGCUGGUGGAAACGGCAACAAUGGAGGCCCGGGAAACAAUCGGCCCGGCAAUAAUGGGGGAAAUCCUCAGCAGAUGGGCGGUGAAGACUUCAGUCCGAAUCAGCACCAGAACCGUGGAGGCAUGAAUCGUGGCGGCCACAACCGCAGUGGAAAUGAUAUGGAUAACAAUUUCGGCGAUCGUCGUCGCGGUGGCGGUGAGGCUUAUUUCAUCAACGAGAAGCUUCGCAUGCUCGCCGGUCCUUUGCUCGAUAUCCCACCGAUCGAGGCGCAUGACACCAAAUUUUCUGGCCGCAACCGGCUGUACGUCGGCAAUUUGACAACCGACGUGACAGAGGAAGAGCUGAUUGAGAUGUUCAAACCGUUUGGCGAAAUUAACGAGGUGUUCAUGAACAAGGAGAAAAACUACGCCUUCGUGCGUGUAGAUUAUCUCUCCAACGCUGAAGCUGCAAAGCGUAACCUGGACGGUACCACUCGCAAGAAUCGUGUGCUGCGCGUACGAUUCGCACCGAAUGCGACCGCUAUUCGGGUAAAAAAUCUGACACCGUACGUGACUAACGAGCUGCUGUACAAAGCAUUCGAAGUGUUCGGACCGCUGGAGCGAGCCGUCGUGCAGGUUGACGAGCGUGGCAAACCGACCGGCGAGGGUAUUGUGGAGUUCAAGAACAAACCAGGUGCCUUGGCGGCCAUCCGGUGCUGCACGGAGAAAUGCUUCUUCCUCACGUCGUCGCUGCGGCCAGUCAUCGUGGAACCGUAUACGCAUCAGGACGACAACGACGGUCUGCCAGAAAAGUCACUCAACAAGAAACAGGGCGAGUUUAUGAAGGCACGCCAGCAGGGACCACGCUUCGCCGAGCAGGGAUCGUUUGAGUUCGAGUAUGGACAGCGCUGGAAGCACAUGCACGAGUUGUUCAAGCAGAAGGCUGAAUCACUGAAGCGCGAGAUGAUCAUGGAGGAGGAAAAACUCGAAGCGCAGAUGGAAUACGCUCGAUACGAGCAAGAAACCGAACAACUGCGCGAGCAACUGCGACAACGUGAAAUGGAUCGCGAUCGCCAGAAGGCCGAAUGGGAAAUGAAGGAACGUCAGGCACAGGAAGCGCGCCAGCGCAAUGACAUUCAGAUGAAAACGGAGAUCGAAGAAAUGACCAAUCGUAUCAAGCGAUCGGACGAAGAAUUGCACCGCAGACAGAAGGAAAAUACCAUGUUCAUGCAGAACCGUCAGAUGAUGGAACAGCAGCAAAUGAACGAUAUGGGCAUGGGAAGCGGUGGCGAUGCCGGUGGUGGCAUCGAUAACCGCCGCAACUUCGAUAUGAUGAACCAAGGUGGCGGCAAUGGUGGUAACUUUGGCAAUAUGCGGGACGGACGGUUUGAAGAUGAAUACCUAACGGAAUUGCUUAAAAUAAUUGGUCCCGGAGCACAGAACAAUGAUGGUGCAAAGCAUUCCAACCACCACAACAAACACCAGCAACAAGAGCAACAACAUGGUGCAGCACACAAAGGAAAGCCAUGGCGCAAAAAAAACGGCGUUGCGCAGACCAAGAACAAAUCCCUAAGUUGAACAAACGUAUGAAUCACCUUUGGAUAAGGACGCCAGAGGAGGCCAAGCUGCUCAACCCGGUUUCGCUAAGAAAUUGAACGAAAGGUUAUAUUUUGAAUUGUGUCAACAUGGUCCCAAAGGAUGACACACAGAUGAUUGAUCAGUUCGAAAGCUACCAAAGGCCUAUCGGACGUAUCGAAUUACGGCAUACCACUCGAUAAAAUUACACUGGUAGAUUAAGUGAAGCUGUUCGAUUCUCGUGCUAAGUACCAUAAAUUACAAGGAAUAGGAUAGAAUUGUGCCGCAUCCACCUCGAAACCCUUAUCUUUCGUACCCGUCAGGCGUAUAAUGCUUCACUGGAUAGCAUUAGCAAUUAUGCGUAGAUUGUUCGGAAAGUUUCACUAUGAUUUGAAAGCACCAGCACCACCAGUGCGUGGACCGUAAAGUAUCAGUAUCAUGAUGUGCUGCCUCCACUGGAUCCAGGUAAGGACUCCAUCGAUCAUCGGUGUAAGAACGUUUAUAUUGAAUGAUACUGUAAACUGUUUACGGGGCAUUCAAUAUUUAAGGCAAGAGGGAAAAUUUGUAAUUUUUAUUCGUGAACAACACAACCCAACGUGUGCAGGUGCCAACCGUUUACAAUAAGUCUAUUUUAAAGCUGUAUUUGCUGUUCAUUAUUUUUAUUUAACGAUUCAAUGAAACGGAACAACUUUACUCAGCGUUUAAACGCUUUCUUUCAAAACGACGAAUAUAUAUGAAUACACAUUUCAUUCAGUGUUAUAUGGACAGCGAUAAACGAACAACGUCGACGUUGUAGCCAGGACGGUAAAAUUUGCCAUUAACAGAAUCAUCACAUACUUAAGACAUUUUUUGAAGGUGAUUGAAAAGAAAGAACUUUCACUUCGAUGUCCAGGGAGUCAAAGUGCUCAGCAAAAAUAAGUAAGGAUAUUGUUAAUGUAUCUAGUGAUUACAACUACUUCUACAAAACCAUCGUUAUUUCAUUUGCGGACUAAACAUAGCUUAGAAGUUACGAAUGAACUAGUUGAUUGAGAUAUGUAGAGACCGGCUCUUAUUGCUCUCUGCUUUAGUAUAUAGGAAAACUUGUUUGUAAACUUAUGUUAAUAUUUAUAAUUUGGCUUCAUUAAAGUUGAUCACAUUGUGUUCAUUACUCUUGUUACUGCACAUUGUAUCUUACUACUAGUUUCUUUUCUUCCGUAAUCAAAGCAAUCUGAUUUGAUGAUAGUGUGCCUUGUAAAAGGUUUUUCAUUUUGUCAAUCAGAUCGUUCGGAUGGAUGCAAGAAUUCUUCAAAAAGUUAAGUUCCUUUUCUAAAUUUAAAACUUUUUGUUUUAGUUUAAAAUUUUCAGAAGUAACGUAGUUUAAGGUUGCUUUUAAUCGCAAAUUAGCUUCUCUAAGUUUCUGUAUUUCCUGAGAAUUGUUUGUGUUCGUGGAUUGCGUUGUGCUUACGGAUGCAUCAUUGCUUGCCGUAACAGGAAUAGAUGUUAAGGGAGGAAAGUUUUCCAAAUCUUCCUCCUGUUGAUUACUCAUUGCAGUAUGCAAUGCAGUUUUAAUUGUUGGAAUAGCUGAAACAAAUAUAAUGAAUUAGUCACACAAAGAUUAAGAUGCAAUUCAAAACAACUCACCAUUAGGAAGAAGAAGUCUUCGAGACACUUUAGCACCAACCAAAUUAUUAAUUGGCAUUAGAUAAUCAUUUUCUAGGAAAUGUGUUGAACAUAUCACGUCAUUUAUUGAAGGUUCCCAAUUUUCCUCCCGGUUACAAAAUUGAACCCAAGAUUUACGAAGGGGUUCAGAUUUUGGGAAAAUGUGGAAGGAAAUCUCCACCGAAUGUUUUUUUGCAUCGCAUCGUUUAUUGCGACACAGUGAAACAGCACAGGGAGCAGGCAUGUUUAAAAGUUUUAGAAAAGUUCUUAUGAAAUUCGUUAUGGUAAUGAAAGAAACAAAAUUUAACUAAUGCUACUUGAAAACAAACAACAAAAUAUCAAACUAAUACCUAUACUAACGUAACUAUCUUACCAUAGAGCUAACUAACUAACCUAACUAAACACUAUUUUAUAAGAAAAUUAUCGUAAAUGAAACUUAACUAACGAUUUCAAAGAACUGUAGAUGUGGAUCUUAAUUUAGAAUCUACACAUCUAUCCAAGUUAUAGUCAAAAUCACUUAAUACAAACUAUAAUUUUUAUUAAAUGAUUAUAAAAAAUAACUAUAACAAAAAAUUAACCUUCAAAAAACACACUUCCUUAUGAUAUCACUUCAAAGCCACCAAAAACACGCAAUCCACAACCGAGCAAACCGAAAGUACAAGAAGCUAUGAGGGUAAAUAUUUGUAAACAAUACCUCCACCAAUACCUUCUACCAUUCCACAACCAUUUCUUCUCCACCUCACCACGGAACAAAAACGUCAAGUCGCGAAAUGUCAAAUUGCUCUAUAUAAUUCUACCUCCUAAAUCUAUAUACCUUGGUUACGAGGUAAAAUCCGUUGAGGGAAUGAAAACAUUUACUAUAUUUGUCUUAGCAACCCAUGCGUUUACAGCUCGCGCAAACCGUGAAGUCGUCCUAUCUAUUGGUGAAACCUGUAUUGAAUUAAUUUUUGAAGCAUGAUGCCGUAGCAAUAUAAUGAUGUAAACAAUUACCGUUUGAUAUAGCAAUGAGAAAACUUUCUGGCUGCUUUAAAAUCUUUCUAGAUUACUUUGUCUGACGCUUACGGCAACAAGUGAUUUGGAAUCGAAAAAAAUGUACUUUGUUAUCACAUAUGUAGUUAAUGUGGUUAUUUUUUUUGCAGUUGAUAUUCCAAAUAUAGGGGCUGUCUUCACAGGGCAGGAUCCCCGUAGCGGGGACUGACUAUCCAACUACAAGGUAUCAUUAAGUCUGUAGUGCCCCAAGGAAGCAGAAGAUACCAAAGGGGGGUCCCAAAGGAUGACACACCGAUUGACCAGUUCGAAAGGUUAUAUUCAGAAUUGUGUCACCGCAAUCCUCUCGUGGGGUACAAUGGUCCCAAAGGAUGUACUGUCCCAUCGGCCCGAUAUGACCUGUCUAUGUUUCAGAUGCUAUAUUUAUGGCGCAGUCUGUGGAAAGCAGUUCCUGUUAUGUACGUGUGCACUGGAGAUAUCAGAGCACACAGCCCCCCGACUCUACAACAGUACUUCAAUUCAGAAGAUUCCAGAAAACGGAUGCGCUCGAACGAAGCUGAAUGGUACAAAAGCAGAUGAAUGCAGAUUUUACUCAUACCAUUCCGUCCGGACCAACCCGUCUGUCUGAUUUCAUCAGUGCUGCUUGCCAAAACAGGAAAAGGACACCACCAACAAAAAAGGAGGGGGGCUGAAGAGAAUUUGCACAGCAUAAUUCCGUCGAAUCGUAUGACAGGAGGUGGAUUUCAGCUGAAACAUACAACGGAUUUUUUUCGGAUGAAAUAUGUUGAAAAUAAAGAAAAGACGAUGUUACAAAUGUAA